AAAGGGUCCGUCUCUGUGACCAAACAAUAUUGGUCCCGUCUCUGUGUACUCCUCAUUGGUUCACCUAGACUUUUCACGUUGCGUUAUAGGAUGCCUUUGUUGUCAAUCAAAAGAGUCACAAUGGGCUGGUUCAGGAGCCUCCUGUUUUUUGACAGGUGAGAUGAGUAGUGUUCACGAAAACCCAAAGGUUUACCUAUCUAUCACAGUUCAUGGGCAAUAAGGACAGCUUUCAGGCUUUACUUUUUAUAUUUAAGCAUGAAGAUAAGCAGACCCUUUUGAUUCUAACCUACAAUGUCGAAUCUGAAGAGGAGAGUAGGCGUAGCAGCUUGCUAGCCAGCCAUCGACCCAAGCAAGCUUGGGGCUUCCUGCAUGAUGUGUUACCGUGGUGACAACAGAGAACACCCAUCCCCCUCUCCCUUCCCCUGGGCCGCCGCCCCUCCCACACCCUCCUCCCCCUAAAGCAGUCCUGACCUCACCAAGAUGCCGGACAGAAAGGAGCCACCUAUCUAUAACGACGACAGUGUGGGGACCUUCCAGUACAAGUUGCCGUUCUACGAGACCAUGGAGCUGUUCAUCGAAACUUUGACGGGGACCUGCUUCGAGCUGCGUGUCUCGCCCAUCGAGACAGUCAUCUCUGUCAAGGCCAAGAUCCAGAGGCUGGAAGGUAUCCCUGUUGCCCAGCAACACCUGAUCUGGAACAACUUGGAGCUGGAGGAUGAGUACUGUCUGCAUGAGUACUGUAUUGCUGAGGGCUGUACUCUGAAGCUGGUGCUAGCAAUGAGAGGAGGACCAAUCAACACCAGGAGAGUGCCUGCUGAGGACCCAAUGAAGGAUAUGGUGGAGGUAAUGGAGGGAGGCAGGGAGGAGGGCUGGGAUAAGAGUCUGCCUAGCAGCAAGCAGGUCACUUUCCUGGUGUACCGAGAGGGAGAACAGCUCAGCUUCUUCCGGGUCGUCGACCGAGGGGAUGGAACUCUGACCCCUGUCUCAGAAUCACUCAGUGGAGGCUCAGUGUACAACAUGUACACGGAGGAGGAGGAGGAGACGGGGGGCUUGGCUUUGGGACAGCUGUCCCUGGAGAACUCCAUCACCAUGAACAAGAUGAAACUACUCAAAGCCAAGAUGGAGGACAUGAACAUCAACAAGAAGCCUAAGAAGUCUGCCAAGUUGAAACCUCUGUCACCCGUCGGUGCCCGGCCCUGCGGCAACUUUCUGGGGCUCCCCAGACACCACCGCCUCUUCCGUGUCCUGCCCCAGAUCAACCAAUCCCACCACUCCGCCUCCCACUUACCUCCAAUCAGGGACCAGGGAUCCGCAACUCCCUCUCCUCCCGUUGAUACUACCUCCGCCACUCACCUGUCAAUCAGCGGCCAGGCGCCGCCCUAUUUCUCUUCCUCGUCCUGUUACAUGCUUCAGGACGAGGAGUCAUGGGAGACCAGCCUCAAGACGAUCCGGCCCCCUCCUAAAGUGUCCCGGUUGGACAUCGGCAGCACCAGGCUCAUGAGGGACUCUGUGUACCCGCAGCUCCCCGCACUCCCCAGCAGGGGGCAGGCUGAGGGGACAGUGGAGCUGCCUGACUCCAGAGGAGAGGCACUGGGGCUGGAGUUGCUGGAGGAGGUUGCAAGCCUGCUGGAGCCCACACCGCCUGGAGCUCUGUACGGAAACCUGCUCACAGACCCUCUCAUCCUAGACAUCUCUACCCAGCCAGAGGAGGGUUUGUGCGGGUUGGAUGGGCUAGGAGCCCUGGGGGUUAGAGCAGAGCACCAGCUCUCCUCCACCCCCUCUCUCCUCUCCCAAGCUGAGGGGAUGAACUCUUUAAACAACUGGGCUAUGGGUGGUUCUGAUAGGUUAGCCUGCAAAGGUCAGAGGACACAGUUAAUAGGCAACACCCUUGAUCAUUUACCCGACUCUCCUUCCCCCUCUUCAUCUUCCCCCUCUAGUAGAUGGAAACUACCACAACCCUUUGAAUUCACAGGCUCAGUAACGCCAACCCUACAAUCCGAUCCACCCUCCUCCUCCCGCCCCACCACUCUCUUCUCCCCUGCUCCACCUCUCCCCUCCUCUCUUCCAAGUGGCUCUCAUCUGCGAGGCAUCAAGAUGGACUCCCCAGGCAAGCGGCUGGAGAUGAUGAGUACAAGUGAGGCACGGGGCAUCACCAAGCUGGCCAACCAGGCCUGUAAGAACCCUCUCGGGUCCCUCAGCAACACAGAGCUCCUGGCCUCCCUGUCAUCUUCCUCCAGGACCCCAGUCAGCAGCAGCAGGGAAGGCCUGGGACAGAGCCUGGGAUUCGGGUUGGAGCUGCCCGCUGUUGGGGCCUCCAGGCUGGGCAUGCUAGGCUCUACGGCUCCCUCCCUACAAGCCAACAUCCAGCUGCUCCAGGAGGACCUGAUCCGACGGAUGUCCCCACUACACAGAGCGACCGCCUCUUACAUGGCACCCAACAGCCUGGGAUCAGCUGGAGGCUCCAGUUCAAUAAGGAGACUAGGCCCCCCUGCAUAUCACCUGCCUUCAGUCAAGCUUCCGCUGGCCAAGAAGAAGAAGAAAUCUAAACACUGCUUCCUCUGUGGCAAGAAGACUGGUCUGGCCACCAGCUACGAGUGCAGGUGUGGUAACAGCUUCUGCGCCACCCACCGCUAUGCAGAGACCCAUGACUGCACGUACAACUACAAGAGCGCCGGACGCCGCUUCCUCCAGGAAACCAACCCCAUCGUCAAUGCUCCCAAGCUGCCCAAGAUCUGAGCCCCUCCCCAUGUCACCCCUCUAUCCCUGCACUCCUCUUUCCUCUUUGGGAUGGAGGGAUGAAGAGAGAGAAAAUAACAGAUGUACCUGAAUGAUUAAAAACAAAAAGAAAGAAGGAACUUGAUCACCACUGUGUGCUUUUAAAUUGACUUAACUACUUCAAAACGCCAAGUGUGAACAAAACGGAGAACACAGAAUAUUAGCAAAUUAACUUUAGUAGCUAGGUGUUUCCUCCGCUCUGGACAAUGUGAACAAACUGUUCAUCCGCUUUUCCUCAUACAGUAAUCUUGAUCGUUUUCCAUAGCAGGAAAGUAUUGCAUGUACAUUUGUAGUUUUUAAAGCAGAAUGUCUGUCUAUUUCAUGUUUUAACAGAACAGAAGUGCACGACUCCAAGCGUAUAAUGUUAUAUCUUUAUAUUUUUUUGCUUUCUUUAUCAGAUUGUUUCUAAAAAUAGGACUGCAGAUCAGUCUUUGAGAGAUGCACUUUAGAAUUAUCAUAUUUAUAUACCAAUGUUUGACUUAAACAUUUUUUCGAGGGAAGGCUGUUCUGUUUUUCUUUUUGUAAUGAAGUGUUUUUUAUGUUGUCUUACUGUAUCAUAAUGUUUUUAUAUCCAGCACCUAUCUCUGCUUUCCCCCGCUCCUAUGGGCACAUACAGUACCAGUCAAAAGUUUGAACACACCUACUCAUUCAAGGGUUUUUCUUUAUUUUUACUAUUUUCUACAUUGUAGAAUAAUAGUGAAGACAUCAAAACUAUGAAAUAACACAUAUGGAAUCAUGUAGUAACCAAAAAAGUGUUAAACAAAUCAAACUAUAUUUGAGAUUCUUCAAAUAGCCACCCUUUCCCUUGAUGACAGCUUUGCAUACUCUUGGCAUUCUCUCAACCAGCUACACCUGGAUUGCUUUUCCAACAGUCUUGAAGGAGUUCCCACAUAUGCUGAGCACUUGUUGGCUUCUGUUCCUUCACUCUGCAGUCCAACUCAUCCCGAAUCAUCUCAACUGGGUUGCGGUCGGGUGAGUGCGGAGGCCACAGAAUGCUGUGGUUGCCAUGCUGGUUAAGUAUGCCUUGAAUUCUCAAUAAAUCACUGACACGGUCUCCAGCAAUGCACCACCACACCAACUCCUCCAUGCUUCAUGGUGGGAACCACACAUGCAGAGAUCAUCCGUUCACCUACUCUGUGUCACACAAAGACACGGCGGUUGGAACCAAAAUCUCCAGUUUGGACUCAAUGGACAGAUUUCCACCGGUCAAAUGUCCAUUGCUCGUGUUUCUUGGCCCAAGCAAGUCUUCUUCUUAUUGGCGUCUUUUAGUAGUGGUUUCUUUGCAGCAAUUCGACCAUGAAGGCCUGAUUCACGCAGCCUCCUCUGAACAGUUGAUGUUGAGAUGUCUGUUACUUGAACUCUGUGAAGCAUUUUUUUUGGGCUGUAAUUUCUAAGGCUGGUAACGCUAAUGAACUCAUCCUCUGCAGCAGAGGUAACUCUGGGUCUUCCAUUCCUGUGGCGGUCCUCAUGAGAGCCAGUUUCAUCAUAGCGCUUGAUGGUUUUUGCGACUGCACUUGAAGAAACUUUCAAAGUUCUUGACAUUUUCAGGAUUGACUGACCAUGUCGUUUAUCUUUUCUUUUAUGACUAUGGCAAUAAGUGCUGAAAUAUGGUAAAAGUCCAUACUAUCUUCUGUACACCAACCCUACCUUGUCACAACACAACUGAUUGCCUCAAUCACAUUAAGAAGGAAAUAAAUUCCACAAAUGAACUUUUAACAAGGCACACCUGUUAAUUGAAAUGCAUUCCAGGUGACUACCUCAUGAAGCUGGUUGAGAGAAUGCCAAAGGUGUGCAAAGCUGUCAUCAAGGCAAAGUGUGGCUACUUAAAAUAUAUUUUGAUUUGUUUAACUUUGGGCUAGACGUGCCGCUAGUGCCCCCUCCUUGACAACAUCCGGGGAAAUUGCAGAGCGGGAAAUUCAAAAUACAAAAAUAGUAAUAUUUAACAUUCAUGAAAAUACAAGUGUCAUACAUAAUUUAAAAGCUUAACUACUUGUUAAUCCAGCCGCUUUGUCAGAUUUCAAAAAGGCUUUACGGCAAAAGCAUACCAUGCGAUUAUUUGAGGACAGUGCCCCUCAUACAAAAGCAUUAAAAACAUUUUCCAACCCAGCAGAGGUGUCACAAAAGUCAGAAAUGGUUUUAAAAAUAAAUCACUUACCUUUUGAACAUCUUCCUCUGUUUGCAAUCCCAAGGGUCCCAGUUACACAACAAAUGGUCGUUUUGUUUGAUAAAGUCCUUUAUAUCCCAAAAAAGUCCGUUUAGUUGACGCGCUUGAUUCAGUAAUCCACCUGUUCCACUCGUUCAAAAUGCAUACAAAGGAAUCCCAAAAGUUACAAAUAAACUUUGUCUAAACAAGUUAAACAAUGUUUCUAAUCGAUCCACAGGUACCCUAAUAUGUAAAUAAGCGAUACAGUUUAAGACGGAGAAUAGUGUGUUCAAUACCGGAGAUAAAAAAUGAGGUGCGCGCCCUGUUUUAGAACAGUUUUAGAAACUUCAGUUUUCUAUCCAAUUAUAUGCAUAUCCUAGCUUCUGAGUAACAGGCAGUUAACUUUGGGCACGUCAGUCAUCCGAACUUCCGAAUACUGCCCCCUAUUAACACUUUUUUGGUUACUACAUGAUUCCAUAUGUGUUGUUUCAUAGUUUUGAUGUCUAUGCUAUUAUUCUACAAUGUAGAAAAUUGUAAAAAAAAAUAAGGAAAACCCUUGAAUGAGUAGGUGUGUCAACUUUUGACAUUACUGGCAUCACCCUUACAACAUGUAUUUUACUAAAGGGUAUAACACUUCCCGUUGAUGAGAAACUACACUGAACAAAAAUAUAAAUGCAACAUGUAAAAAUGUAAAGUGUUGUAAAGAUGUAAAGUGUUGGUCCCAUGUUUCAUGAGCUGAAAUAAAAGAUCCCAGAAAUGUUUCA